UACGAACUGUGAAAAUGGUUGACACAGGUCAGAAAGUAGCGCUGAUGGAGAUGACAUGGGUGUGUUUACACCUGAUGGUAGUCAUUGUCUCAGGUAACAUCAUUGUUCAAGAUGAUUCCAACUGUGGUUCGUUACGUUAUCCAACUACCAAGACAUUGAAUGACAGAGAUGAAGAUAUAAUCACCUCUCAUGAGAGGGAUUUUUACCUUCCGGGGAAAGAUUGUGUUGUCAGUAUCCUGGGGAAAACAAACUACCAAUUCGAGUUAACCUUGGACUUUCUUCAGGUGGACAAAAAUGCCAUCUUAGAUGAAAAAACAAAAGAACCAAUCAAAUGCCAUGACUACCUCAAGAUUUAUGACAGCCCUCGUGUGGACCACGCCAAACUACUGACUCCACCUGCUGGCCUCUGCGGUAACCAGGGGACCCUCCCGCAGAGACGUACUUUCACCACCAGCUGUCCGUUCCUGGCUAUCGAGUUUGUCACAGAUGGCGAUAAUGAUGCAUACAGAGGGUUCACCAUGAAGGUGAUUCAGUACCCAUGGAGAAACCCAGGUAACAUCUACCCUGGAGCUGGCCUGGUACCAGGAGCCUCCUGGUCAUGCUACUACAGUGAGUUUCAGCCCGGAUGGGAUCAUCAGGGUGACAGUCUGCCAGGGAACAUCGGGCAGGGCGGUGGGGGAAGUGAUCUAGACAAGGAGCCCAAUGGAAUCAACUGUUAUGUGUGUAACAGCUGCCCUGUUGACAAUUUCCAGCCGUCAGCUUACGAAGGUUCCUCAUAUGGAGGCUGUUACCGAUGUGGAAAAACAUUUGAAAUAAAUCGCGGAGAUUCGCGAAGGAGGUGUUACUCAAGGAUUGACUACAUUGAUUUCAUAGAGUCAUUCAAAGAUUCCGGUUUAGAGGAAGGUUUUCUGGGCUGUAGAGACUUGGUCAAUCAAUAUAACUCCAUCAUCAGGUAUUGUUUUUGUGAUCGAGACAAUUGCAACUCUGCUCCAGCUAAAAAACUCUUCACACCUCUCAUACUUUUUCUCACAUUCUUCACAGUUGCCAUUCAGAUGAUGCACUGAACAGAGGUCCUGAUUUGUUUUGGUAUGUUCUUCGUGUUACAGCUGAAAUUUGUUUACUUACAAGCAUUGUAGUUGAUUUAGACCAACAAUGAUGUGAUAAAAACAGCUGUAUUCAGUUCCUAUACCUCCAGCGCUUGUAGUUAUUAUAUGACCGGGACGUCCAUAAAACUCAUGAUUUUCACUCUGCCUUUUGUAAGAGAAUAGAGAUGUACAAUUUUAUACUGAUCAAACGCCUACAGCUGCCUUGAUCUGAUAGGAUUCAACUUCAUAAAAGUCUUUAUUUUAACAUUUAUAGUGUUUUUCACAACAAAAAUACCUUCUAAAAUGUCCACUCCUUCAUUGAAGGACCUGUAAUAUCCUUCUUUGGAUGAUGUUUUUAUUCUGGAAUUGGAACACAUCAGGAAUGAUCUAUUUUAUAUGAUUGAUAAAUAUGUUAUACCCAGUUUAUAUUUGUGUAUUUUGUGAUUGUAAAGCAUCUUAUCAGUGCAGCAUAUAAUAUUAUCUCCAUACAGCUUUUCACUGGCAUUGACAUUGUCAUAUCAUUUGUUACAUUAUAUCAAUCUACGCAGUUGCCAUCAUAAACUUAUGUAAUUAUUUGCAACCAGCUAUCACAAAUAUGUGACCAGUAUUGUUUUCAGCAUUUUUAUGCAUGACUUCUUAGAUGUAAAUAUAAUAAUUAUACGUCCAAAAAUGAUAUGUAGGCCUGCUAGAAAGGCAGUGACAGUUAUUCCCCUUUAAAAUACUGUGCACACUCCACAGUACAUGUACCUUAGUACAUGUAAUUAAGUCAGCUGAAUAUUUCAGUUCUUUCUGAUCUUGCAUGACAUGCAGCUGCCUUCCUCGUCCAUUGUGUGGAAUUUGUAUAGAAGUAUAUUUUGUAUCCGUUUGGAGAACAUGGAUUGCAAACUGGUGGAAAAUUCAGUGGAACUCAUUGCUUCUGUAAAUAACAAAAGGGAAAGGUAGGCCUAUACAUGUAAAAGCUUGUUGUUAGUGGUGUGUCUUAUAAUCUGUUUCCAUACACAAGUGACACAUGUAUGCCUGUUCAAGCCUCUCCUAUGUAACGUAAAGCAAGAAUGUCAAUACGUGUACAUAUGUUAUUUCAAGGAAUCAGUGUCAAUGAAUGCUAUGUUCCUAUAAAAUUUGUAUAUGUGUUUUUUUCACAGUUUAUUCUGCUGUCCUUUUUUAAUUUUCAAAAUGGUGUAAAUAGAAAAUUAUCACUUUUUUAAAUAAAAGAUUGUAUAUACAGCUGGUCAAUUGGUUUGAUUUUGUGCAAGUCACUGUACCGUUUUCAAACAUAUAACAUACAUGUUGUGUAGAAAUACCCAUUUUUAAGUUACACAGAAUGAAAUGUAACUAUCUUUUUAGUUUCAGCCAUUUUUAUUGCUUGUGUGCAAAAAGAUUUCGAACAUAACACUGAUGAUGAAACAUUGUGCUGGGUUCAAAUUCCAAAAAUGCAUCAGAAAAAAUGUCAGACGAUAGGGUCAUGGUACUGAUAAUGCAAUCACGAAUCAGUGUUAGAAAUGUCAUGGUUCCAGAUGCGUGAAUGGCGUAUUUGUCAUAAUAUAACCUUUGUUU